AAAUUAAAAUUCAAAACCGCGAAGCAAACUCAGUUGGAGAGCUUCAGGGGCGGGUAAAUUGUCGAGUUCCGUGAACAGACUGAACAGAGAGCAAAAACCCUAGGAGAGAGAAGGUCAUUUCUGAAGAAAUGGGACACGUAAGCGAGCACCAUGAAGCAACGGAUGGCUUGGUGAAACUGUUGACGAAGGCGAACCACGAUCUCACAGUGGUUCAGCACAGGCUCGAGAGGGAGUUCCAGCAAAUCUACCCCGAAAAUGCAAACCCGAUGAAGCUGGUUUCAAGGAUAAAGAAGAUUCAAGAAGAAUUGUCGACUUUGGAAGAGCAAUGCCGUGAACUUCUUUCAGCCAAACAGGAUUUGAUUGACCAGGCUAGGACGACUCUGGUUGGGAACAGAAAUCUAGUGCAGCGGAUGGAGGCGUCGAUGGGAAUUUCCCCCAACACUGAUUCUGAAGAUUCUGCUUUUGCUAACUUCAAUCAGAUCAUUGAUGAGUGGACGGUUCAAGUCAGAUCAAAAACAGGGGAUGAGAAGCACGAUUCAGAUUCUGAGGAUAUUAAUCAAUUACUCUUCUCAGCCAUAGUUUAAAGCAACAGAACAUCUUUCAAGCUCCAACACUUUGGGGCACCAAGCAUUAAUUUCAAGCUCCUGAUGUGAUGUAAUCAUAGCGGAUCAAGUUAAAUAUCGCAGUACUGCCAAAAAGUUUGGAACAUCGUCAAUCUUGUUGAGUAGAUGAUCUGUUCAUAUGUAUAUCUGGUUACAUUGUGGUGUUGCAUUGUAUUGGGAGAAAAACCAAGUUCAUCCUUUUGUUAUAGAUUUAUAUAGCAGAGCAGGUAGAAAUGCAUGUUGGUUACCUUGCUUUGCCACCUUUUGGUUCA